ACACGCACCCCCGCGCGCACACGCCCGCCGCCCGCUCUGCCUUGGCGCCCUCCAUCCCGGCUCGCUCAUUCUCUCGCCCUCUCGCCUCCCCUGCGGUCUCUCGCUCGUUCGCUCGCUCUGCGCGCACACACCACACACACGCACACGCACACACACGCGCGCACACACGCAGCCGGCACAGGCGGCGGCGGCGGCUGCCCAAGUCAGGACGAACCUCUCUAGGUACCGUCUCGAGGAGGCGGCAGCGGCGGCGGAGGCAGCCGAGCAUCCCUGCUGCCCGGAGAGGGAGCGCCGCCGAGAGUUUCCGUUCCCUUGGCCAUUCCCUUCCCCCUCCUUUGCUUUAUUUUGCGAGAGAAUAUAUUCUUGGCUUAUUGGUUUAAUUUGAUUUUGAACAUUUUGGGUUGCUUUUGUGUGUGUGUGUGCUUUUUUUUUCUUUCCUCGUUUUAUUUGCAUCCAGAGCAUGGCGGGCUGCGGGCUGUCGGAAGACACCUUCUUCUCUUCCUUCUUUUACAACUACGGCUCCUCCUGGGAAACCCCUUCCAGCCAGGUUUUUUGCGAAAAUCAGUGAACUAAUAUUGGUAAAAUUGGAGCCCCAUGGAUGAAGGGUACUUUUGUGCUGCUCUGGUUGGUGAAGACCAGCCUCUUUGCCCAGAUCUUCCCGAACUUGAUCUUUCAGAACUAGAUGUGAAUGACUUGGAUACAGAUAGCUUUCUGGGUGGACUCAAGUGGUGCAGUGACCAAUCAGAAAUCAUAUCCAACCAGUACAACAAUGAGCCUUCUAACAUAUUCGAGAAGAUAGAUGAAGAAAAUGAGGCAAACUUGCUAGCAGUCCUCACAGAGACACUGGACAGUCUCCCUGUGGAUGAAGACGGAUUGCCCUCAUUUGACGCACUGACAGAUGGAGACGUGACCACUGACAACGAGGCCAGUCCUUCCUCCAUGCCUGACGGCACCCCUCCGCCUCAGGAGGCAGAAGAGCCGUCUCUACUUAAGAAGCUCUUACUGGCACCGGCAAACACUCAGUUGAGUUAUAAUGAAUGCAGUGGUCUCAGUACCCAGAACCAUGCAAAUCACAAUCACAGGAUCAGAACAAGCCCUGCAGUUGUUAAGACCGAGAAUUCAUGGAGCAAUAAAGCGAAGAGCAUUUGUCAACAGCAAAAGCCACAAAGACGUCCCUGCUCAGAACUUCUCAAGUAUCUGACCACAAAUGAUGACCCUCCUCACACCAAACCCACAGAGAAUAGGAGCAGCAGCAGAGACAAAUGCACCUCCAAAAAAAAGUCUCACACACAAUCGCAGUCACAACAUGUACAAGCCAAACCAACAACUUUAACUCUUCCUCUGACCCCAGAGUCACCAAAUGACCCCAAGGGUUCCCCAUUUGAGAACAAGACUAUUGAACGAACCUUAAGUGUGGAACUCUCUGGAACUGCAGGCCUAACUCCACCUACAACUCCUCCUCAUAAAGCCAACCAGGAUAAUCCUUUCAGGGCUUCUCCAAAGCCGAAGUCCUCUUGCAAGACCGUGGUGCCACCACCAUCAAAGAAAUCCCGGCACAGUGAGUCUUCUGGUACCCAAGCCAAUAACUCCGCCAAGAAGGGGCCCGAGCAAUCUGAGCUGUAUGCACAGCUCAGCAAGUCCUCGGUGCUUGGAAGUGGACAAGAGGAGAGGAAGGCUAAGCGGCCCAGCCUACGGCUGUUUGGUGACCAUGACUAUUGUCAGUCCAUUAAUUCCAAAACGGAAAUAAUUAUUAAUAUAUCACAAGAGCUCCAAGACUCUAGACAACUAGACUAUAAAGAUGCCUCUUCUGCCUGGCAGGGGCAGAUUUGUUCUUCCACAGAUUCAGACCAGUGCUACCUGAGAGAGACUUUGGAGGCCAGCAAGCAGCUCUCUCCUGGCAGCACCAGAAAACAGCUCCAGGACCAGGAAAUCCGAGCUGAGCUGAACAAGCACUUCGGUCAUCCCAGUCAAGCUGUUUUUGACGACGAAGCAGACAAGACCAGUGAACUGAGGGACAGUGAUUUCAGUAGCGAACAAUUCUCCAAACUACCUAUGUUUAUAAAUUCAGGACUAGCCAUGGAUGGCCUGUUUGAUGACAGCGAGGAUGAAAGUGAUAAACUGAGCUACCCUUGGGAUGGCACGCAAUCCUAUUCAUUGUUUGAUGUGUCGCCUUCUUGCUCUUCUUUUAACUCUCCGAGUAGAGAUUCCGUGUCGUCACCCAAAUCCUUAUUUUCUCAAAGACCCCAAAGGAUGCGCUCCCGUUCAAGGUCCUUUUCUCGACACAGGUCAUGUUCCCGAUCACCAUAUUCCAGAUCAAGAUCAAGGUCCCCAGGCAGUAGAUCUUCUUCAAGAUCCUGCUACUACUAUGAAUCAAGCCUCUACAGACAUCGCACACACAGAAACUCUCCCUUGUACGUGAGAUCACGUUCAAGAUCGCCCUACAGCCGUAGGCCCAGGUAUGACAGCUACGAGGCAUAUCAGCAUGAAAGGCUGAAGAGAGAAGAAUACCGAAAAGAGUCUGAGAAGCGGGAAUCAGAAAGGGCCAAACAGAGGGAGAGGCAGAGACAGAAGGCAAUUGAAGAGCGCCGUGUGAUUUACGUCGGUAAAAUCAGACCUGACACAACACGGACGGAACUGAGGGACCGCUUUGAAGUUUUUGGUGAAAUUGAGGAGUGCACAGUAAAUCUGCGGGAUGAUGGAGACAGCUAUGGUUUCAUCACUUACCGUUACACCUGUGAUGCUUUUGCUGCUCUUGAAAAUGGAUAUACUUUGCGCAGGUCAAACGAAACUGACUUCGAGCUGUACUUUUGUGGACGCAAGCAAUUUUUCAAGUCUAACUAUGCAGACCUAGAUUCAAACUCAGAUGACUUUGACCCUGCUUCCACCAAGAGCAAGUAUGACUCUCUGGAUUUUGAUAGUUUACUGAAAGAAGCUCAGAGAAGCUUGCGCAGGUAACAUGUUCCCUGGCCGAGGAUGACAGAGAUGGUGAAUACCUCACGGACAGCGCGUCCUUCGUGGACAGACUAUUUCAAGUCAUACUUAGGAAGUUCUCCUACUUUACACUCUCUGUACAAAAACAAAACAACAAUACAACAAUACAACAACAAACAACAACAGCAACAAUGGUUUACAUGAACACAGCUGCUGAAGAGGCAAGAGACAGAAUGAUAUUCAGUAAGCACAUGUUUAUUCAUGGGUGUCGGCUUUGCUUUCCCUGGAGUCUCUUGGUGACAGUGUGUGUGUUUGUGUGUGUGUGUGUGUACACUUGGUUUGGGGGACGUGUGUGUGCGUGCGUGUGUGUGUGUGUGUGUGUGUGUGUGUGUGAAGACUGGGGCCACCUGACCAGAACGUGCAAGGGCAAACCACUUCAAAUGGCAGCAGUUCCAUGAAGACACACUUAAAACCUAGAACUUCAAAAUGUUCGUAUUCUAUUCAAAAGGAAAAAAAUAUAUAUAUACAUAUAUAUAUAUAAAAAUUGAAAAGGAAAGAAAACUAACCAACCACAAACCACCCUAAAAUGACCGCUGCUGAUGUCCGGGCAUCAGCCUCCUUCUCUGUUUUUUAAGAAAGUGCAAAAUCAACUCGAAGCAAGCUUUCUCUCAUAACAUUAAUGAUUAUCUGACAAUCCUGAAGAAACCACAGGUUCCAUAGAACUAAUAUCCUGUCUCCCUCUCUUUCUCUCUCUCUCUCUCUCUUUCUCUCUCUGUUUUUUUCUUUUCCUUUUUGCCAUGGAAUCUGGGUGGGAGAGGAUACUGCAGACACCAGAAUGCUAAACUUUCCUAACAUUUUGAAGUUUCUGUAGUUCAUCUUUGGUCCUGACACCCAUAUAAAUGUCCAAAAUGUUGACUUUCCACUGCAAAUUUUAACAGCCUUGUCAAUGGUCAAGCGUGCAGCUUGCUGGACAAUUCUUUCUGAGGAGCAGACGUGGUGUUACAUUGCUCAUGAGAGUUGAGUAGAACUCUCUGGAUGUGUUCGGAUAGUGUAAUUGCUACAUUCUCUGAUGUAGUUGAGUAUUUACAGAUGUUAAAUGGGAGUAUUUUUAUUUUAUGUACAUACGAUACAACAAUGUUCUUUUUUGUUAUAGCUAUGCACUGUAAAUGCAGCCUUCUUUUCAAAACUGCUAAAUUUUUCUUAAUCAAGAAUAUUCAAAUGUAAUUAUGAGGUGAAACAAUUAUUGUACACUAACAUAUUUAGAAGCUGAACUUACUGCUUAUAUAUAUUUGAUUGUAAAAAAAACAAAACAAAACAAAACAAAAGACCGUGUGUGUAUCCGUUGAGGGCAACUACAACAAAAUGAUGCUUUACGCACAUCCAUCCCUUCUUAGGUGAGCUUUGAUCUAAGCAUCUUGUCCGAAAAUAUCCUAGUCCCCUAAAGGUAUUAACCACUUCUGCGAUAUUUUUCCACAUUUUCUUGUUGCUUGUUUUUCUUUGAAGUUUUAUACACUGGAUUUGUUAGGGGAAUGAAAUUUUCUCAUCUAAAAUUUUUCUAGAAGAUAUCAUGAUUUUAUGUAAAGUCUCUCAAUGGGUAACCAUUAAGAAAUGUUUUUAUUUUCUCUAUCAACAGUAGUUUUGAAACUAGAGGUCAAAAAAAUCUUUUUAAAAUGCUGUUUUGUUUUAAUUUUUGUGAUUUUAAUUUGAUACAAAAUGCUGAGGUAAUAAUUACAGUAUGAUUUUUACAAUAAUUAAUGUGUGUCUGAAGACUUAUCUUUGAAGCCAGUAUCUCUUUCCCUUGGCAGAGUAUGAUGAUGGUAUUUAUCUGUAUUUUUUACAGUUAUGCAUCCUGUAUAAAUACUGAUAUUUCAUUCCUUUGUUUACUAAAGAGACAUAUUUAUCAGUUGCAGAUAGCCUAUUUAUUAUAAAUUAUGAGAUGAUGAAAAUAAUAAAGCCAGUGGAGAUUUUCUACCUAGGAUGCAUGGCGAUUGUCAGGUUGGAGUGUAAGUUCUUCCUUGUGGAAACUCAGCUUUUGCAGAAGCAGUGUUCCUAUUGCACUAGCAUGGCCUCUGACGUGACCAUGAUGUUGUUCUUGAUGCCAUUGCUUCUGCUAAAUUAAAUAAAAAAACUUCAGAAAAAAAAAAACCCUCCAUUUUGAGCAUCAGGAUUUCAUCUGAGUGUGGAGUCCCAGGAAUGGAAUUCACUAAAGUUUGGAGUGUGUAUUCAAGUUACUCAAUCGAGAUUUGAUACCUGUUUGACUGACAUGACUUUUCCGGAAGACGUGCUAUACCUACUACUUAAUCGUUCUUUUCCUUUCUUUCACCCAACAUGAUCUUAUCAAAUCGGUUUCACCCCCAGGCCAGUGCAGCUAAUUUUGAGAGCUGCAUUCAUUUAUCACCAGCAUAUUGUGUUCUGAGUGAAUCCACUGUCUGUCCUGUCGGAUGCUUGCUUGAGUUUUUGGCUUCUUAUUUCUAAGUAGAUAGAAAGCAAUAAAAAUACUAUGAAAUAAAAGAACUUGUUCACAGGUUCUGCGUUACAACAGUAACACAUCUUUAAUCCGCCUAAUUCUUGUUGUUCUGUAGGUUAAAUGCAGGUAUUUUAACUCUUUGUGAACGCCAAACUAAAGUUUACAGUCUUUCUUUCUGAAUUUUGAGUAUCUUCUGUUGUAGAAUAAAAGACUAUUAAGAGCAAUAAAUUAUUUUUAAGAAAUCAAUAUUUAGUAAAUCCUAUUAUGUGUUCAAGGAUCAGAUGCAUUCUCUAUUUUGCCUUUAAAUUUUUGUGAUCCAAUCUUAAAUACAUUCUCCUUUUUGACCUGGACAACACUACAGACUCCAUGUUUCGGAUUAAUUUAUCCCCCUGUGGCCUAACAAAUAUUGUUACCAUGAAGAUAGGUUUCCUCCAUGAACUUCAAAUCGCAUCUAAAGUUAGUGAAGCUUUUGUAUCUUAUGCAGACACUGUGGGUAGCCCAUCAAAAUGUAAGCUGUGUUCCUGUUUUUUAAAAAAAAUUUUUGGGACAGAGUAUUUCAAAUGAGCAUAUGCACCCCAUCAUCACUGGAGGCAAAUUUCAGCAUAGAUCUGUAGGAUUUUUAGAUGACCAUGGGCCAUUGCCUUCACGCUGUGGUAAGUACCACAUCUACAAUUUUGGUAAUCGAAUUGGUGCUUUAGAAAUGUGGGGUUUUUAAAGAGACGUAGCAGAAUAAUUCUUCCAAUGCAACAAAAUCAAUUUUUGCUAAAUGACUCUGAGAACAACUGUUGGGCUGUCAACAUUCAAAGCAGCAGAGAGGGAACUUUGCACUAUUGGGAUAUGACGUUUGGGUCGGUUGAAAAAAGGAAACCUUUUCAUGCCUUUAGAUGUGAGCUUACAGUAGGUAAUGAUUAUGUGUCCUUUUUUGAUGGCUGUAAUGAGAACUUCAAUCACUGUAGUCUAAGACCUGAUCUAUAGAUGACCUAGAAUAGCCAUGUAAUAUAAUGUGAUGAUUCUAAAUUUGUACCUAUGUGACAGACAUUUUCAAUAAUGUGAACUGCUGAUUUGAUGGAGCUACUUUAAGAUUUGUAGGUGAAAGUGUAAUACUGUUGCUUGAACUAUGCUGAAGAGGGAAAGUGAGAGAUUAGUUGAGCCCUUGCCGGGCUUUUUUUCCACCUGCCAAUUCUACAUGUAUUGUUGUGGUUUUAUUCAUUGUAUGAAAAUUCCUGUGAUUUUUUUUAAAUGUGCAGUACACAUCAGCCUCACUGAGCUAAUAAAGGGAAACGAAUGUUUCAAAUCUA